CCCCCCCCCCCCCGAACUUCCCCUCCGGCUCCUUCCCCCCAGACAGCCCCCUCCCCCGUGAUCCCUGCCCAUGGAGGUCUCUCCAGUCUCAUCCCCCCACUGGUUCCCCCUUCCUUGACCAGGGCAUCCCCGUGCCCCCUUUCCCCUCCCCUGCCUGAGGUCUCCCCCCCCACCCCAUACUUCCCUCAAGUUUCCCCUGCCUUUCCCCUCGGCAAUCUGUGAUCUCCCCCCAGUCUGCCUGUCCCCCCCACUUGCUCCUCUCUCUCUUCCUGUCUUCCCCCCCCCCCCCCCCCCAUUGCUUGGGUGCUCCUGGUCUCCCCUCCCCACCGAGCGGGGGAUCUGAGGCCUCGCCACCCAGGGCCGAUGAAGGCCGGCGGGGGCGCCGAGGGCGAGGGAGCUGGGAGGCGAGGGGAGCGGGAGCCCUUGAACCCGAGCGGGGACACGCUGGGGGUCUCCCCCACCUACCGGGAGUUCGUGCGCCACAGUUACCUGGAGCUGAUGGGGGCCAACCAGCACUCGCUGCACGCCCUCAACUGGCGCCGGCUCUACCUCAGCCGGGCCAAGCUCAAGGCUUCGAGCCGCACCUCGGCCCUGCUCUCCGGCUUCGCCAUGGUGGCGAUGGUGGAGGUGCAGCUGGAGAAGUACGACUACCCGCGGGGGCUGCUGAUCGCCUUCAGCUGCACGACGGUGCUGGUGGCCGUGCACCUCUUCGCCCUCAUGGUCAGCACUGCAUCUGCCAACAUCGAGGCCGUCAGCAACAUCCACAACCUCAUGGUCAACGAGUCGCCCCACGAGCGCAUGCACCGCUACAUCGAGCUGGCCUGGGGCUUCUCCACCGCCCUGGGCAUCUUCCUCUUCCUCACCGAGGUGGUGCUCAUCUGCUGGGUCAAGUUCAUGCCCGUGGGCCGCGGCGGCUGGGACGCCGCCGUGGCCUCCACCGUCAUCAUGGUGCGUGGGGUGGUGUUCGUGGUGUUCGCCCUCCACUUCUACCGCUCGCUGGUGAGCCACAAGACCGACCGGCACCAGCAGGAGCUGGAGGAGCUCAGCAAGAUUAAGUACCAGCUGGACGGGGAGGCGACCGGGGUGCAACUGUGUGAGGCCGGAUCCGGGCGCGCCCCCCCCCCCCACUCCGACGCAUGCGAGCGCCUGGAGCGGGCUGCUGCCCCGGGGAUGGCCGGAAGACAUUCGCGGCUCCCCCCCCGAGCAGAGGCUGCGUAAGCCGGACAGGAGAGACGGCGGCUGGCUGGGGGAUGAUCCACAGCUGGGGUCGUUCUCCGCCGUCUUCUCCUCCUUCCUCGGCUGCUUUUGGGCUGGGUUUUCCGUACCACGCCGCCCCAGUCGUGGGGAAGUGGGGCUGGUUUCUCCGACCCGACCAGGCACUGCCCAGGAGAUGCCAGCUGGGCGAACUGCCCUGUCCCCUCUUCUUCCCGUGCUUCCCCUGCUGGGGCUAUGGUAAUGGGCUCGUGGUGGGGGUGGGGAGGGGGUGCUGUGUGGGGCACGCAGGUACCGAUCGGGGGAAUGUAUAGCCACUGAUAGGACCAAGCUGGGGUCUGCAGUGGGGCAAACGCACAGAUCUGGGGCUCGCCCACCCGUCAGGUACAGCGGGCCCAGAGCUGGGGGUAGAUGCUGGGGUGUUAUUCUCAACCAUGUUGCCUCCGCGCUGCCCCCUAGUGGGGGAUCUCCGCAUCGACGGCCUCUCCAGCCUUCGGUGGCUAUGGGAGUGGGGCACUUGUCCCAGAGGCUCCUGGGCUGAGGGCCAGCCAACCCCCCAGCCCUGUCCUGGAGGGGAAGGCUCCGUGCCCCCCUGAGCCAGCCAGUUCCAGCUGGUUGGAGCCUGUGUCCUUUUCCCCACUCGUCAUUAAAUAGAAUUAGUGACUCACUAGCUGAUCUCGCGACUUUUGCUCUCUAGCUCCGGCCAAGUGCCCCACUGCAGAGAACAAAACGGUAGCUACCAUUAAUGUAGGCCCUCUGAUAAUAUGGUUCAUACCCUGUCCCUAAAGGAGCCAGCAGAAGGCAACACCCAUUGCUAAACCAAAACAAAGCCAGCUCUGUAGGACCUAUAAUGUGUCUUGUGCUUCGUUUCUAUCAGCCCGGGAACAGGUGCUUCAGCAGAGCAAAACAGACUAUAUUUUUGUAGGACCUACGAUAUUGGCGUUGUCUGCGGAGGGAGGGGAGCAUAUCUUGCUUUGCCGAAUCAGUGUUUUUGGCAGGACCUGUAAUAAUGUGGUGGUGCAGGUCCAGCCAGCUGCUUAACUGAAACAGCCAGUCAGUGGGGUUUUUUUUUUUGUUUUUGUUUUUGUUUGGUAGGGCCUAUAAUAUGUUGUCACAGAUUCAGCCAAUGUGCGGGCAAGUAGCUUAAUGGAAACAACUGCCAGUGCUUGUGUAGGGCCUAUAAUAUUGUGUACUCCGCCCUGCGGGGCGGCGAGCAGAAAUGCGUGUCUUAGCUGGAAGGACAGAACCAUGUGCAAGAGAUACUGAGAAAUUAUAUAUGCAGAGCAAUUCACAGCCAUACUGCGGUGCCUUAUCAUCACCAGCAGCCUGGUACUGGGAGGGGAGUGGGGUCUGGGGGUCAGAGCCGGGGGGUGCCUGUUCCCUCUGAUGCCAACAGUUCAAUCCCACGCCAGGAUGGUGGCUGGCUCCAGCCCUCUGGGCUCUGCUGGUGGAUUUUCUGGUAUUUUUGCGCCUGUCAUUUUUUGUCAGUUUGUAAAUAAACGAUUGUCUUUGGCAAA